CUGUAUGGCUGGGACUCAGACUCCUUUUUCCCUGGCAUUGUAGAAGUCUUCUCAGCUCCACUCUCCCCCAUAAGGACUUGGACCCCUGAUCAAAAUGUUGGCUGUUCCAUCUUGGAUUCCCCUUCCAGGAACCAUAAAUCAUGAAAGGAGGCAAAGAGUGAUUAAACCACAGGUGAUGUGUAGUUAAUUUUUUCCAAGAUGAUUUCUGUUUACUUCUACCUGUUGUGUGGUAAUAUCAUGAACAUAGGACCACUUUAAAUAAAAUUCUGGAUUUUACCAUUCCAUCAAAAAAAAAAUGUGGAUAUACUGAAGACAUGUUUAUUGACAGAAUAGAAAGAGGCCCUUGUUGCAAAAUCUACUGCACAGAUCUGGCACUAUGUGAAUUCUGGCUCUCUUGCCAACUCAGAAUGACCAUGAAAGUGUGCAAUCUUCUGGCUCUGUACUUUCAUACCUCCAGUCUAGUUAUUUGAACACCUCCAGCUUCACCUUCCCAUCUAGACUGCAGGGCCUGGCAGAGCUUCUGGCUCAGACAAGACCUCCAUGGAUCCACUCCAGAAAUGGAAUCCAGGGCUGAAUGCAGAAGCUUCCCAGAUGGCUGCUGCAGAGAGCUCCCAGGAGGGGACAGCAAUCUGUUGGCCUUCCUCCACAGGACAGCUAGUGAUGGGCCUCAGUGACCUGAGCAUCAGUCCUGGCUCCAACCCACCUGUGCCUCUGCGAGAGGGACUGUUCGAGCAGCAGUACAGGGAAGAGAAGACUCUGCCGGAGCAGCACUGGGAAAGGUUGGGGUUCCCUCAGAGGAAGAAAGCCUUCCUGGGGCACUUGAGACGCAGGCACCGUGAUCACAUGGUACCUUACCCAGUCGAAAGGGAAACCAGGGUCUCUUUCCCAGGCACUAGAUCUCAGAAUCAAUUCAGAUGCCAGUGUCAAUACUGUCAGGCCCACACACCAAAUAUUUCUCGUGUCACUGGGGAGAGGAGUGGGACCCUCAACCCCUCCUCCUGGGAAACCCUCGUGCAAGGUCUCAGUGGCUUGACCCUUAGCCUGGGCAGCAAUCGGCCUGGCCUCCAGCCAGGUGGGAUGCAGCAGCAGCCGCCAGAGGAAAAGUACCAACUGGAGAGGCAACAGGAAAGCAAGAGCAUGUUCCAGAGGCUGUUCAUGCAGUGGUUGGAAGAAAACUGAGAUGCUCAUCCUCAUGGGACAGAGACCUGUAGGGAUUCAGACAGUUCCGUGUUGGCAGCUUUAGGGAGCUGAGCUGUUGAUGGAGACCAGAAGUCACUGUUGGAAGAGGAGUCCUGAGACCUGUGUCCUCGUCUUUCCUGCCCGUCCUCCGUAGAACACUGAGAGGCAUUCAGUGUGGAGACUGCACACCAGUGUUCCCCGCCUCCCCUCAUCUGGCGCCCAUGCUGCAUGUUGUCGAUUUCCCAGCCUAGAUCUCCACCUCUGCUCGUUGUUGUCAGGAAGGCAAAAGAUGUCUGUGUAGUGUGAAUGCCUUGUUGAUGCGUGCUUUUGUAUCAUGUUGCUGACUGCUACCAGGAGCAGCAGGUGCGCUCGAAAUGGCAGUGCUUGACUCUGAGAUCCAGGUGCAGACAUCUGCUGCCACAAAGGUGUGGGAAAGAGAUGUGGAAUUAGAACCUGAUGCUUCAGCAUUGUGCUGUACGUGUAAACUAUCAUGACUGUAAUACACUGACUGUGCUGUCCUGCUCCUUAGCAAUCAAGUAGUAUGCUCCCGUGCAAGACUUUGCCUUGGUACCUCAUCGCUAAUACCAAAUAAACAUAUCUGUGAAAGCAAAGUAACGUUAGAACGCAGGUUUGUUUAUCAGUAGUGGUUUGUUUCUCUUUGACUCUCACUCAGGUCACUACCCUGAAAUCCCCAAGCAGCAGACCAGAGCAUAUCAAGAGGAGCUGUGCGCCUGGAGAUUUGGAAGAGGGAUGGGGCAGGCCCAGAGCAGUGCAGCUGCUAUUUGAAGUGCCACAGUGAGACCAGCACUUAUACCGGCCAAGCAGCGAGGCUGGGAGAAAGUCCUCUGAUGCAUAAGGGUGGGAGCAGAGGCCACUGCUCCCAGAAGGAGCCCCUGAGUGUUGGCACUGGUUCCCUGGACGAGGUUUCCAAGAGCCUUUCC